AUGUCACCGUUGAACCAACUAUUGUUACGAAGAACUACAAGAUACAUCUCAAGAAAUAUCUUACGAAAAAAAUCAUCUGCUUUGAACAAACUGAUAGUAGAAAGAUCAUAUUUUUCAACUCAUAACUCUAAACAUUUGAACGAUACAUCGUCUUCUUCAAGGCAUUCAUCAUCUUUCCAUUCGAGAGACGUAAGCUUAACUCUCUUAAGUGGUGGAAUCCUCUUAUUAUCAUAUUCAUACUUAACAACAAAGGGUAAUCCAUUAUCAUUAGAUUCAAUAAAUACCAUAAAGGAAUUCUCAACUUUCUUCAAUAACCAGAAUUCUGGAAAAAAUGGUAACACACAAAAUAAAGAAGGUACAAUAAUGAUCCUUGCAGAAGAUCAAAUUGAAAAAAAAUUACACGAUAAUGAAGAAAGUCAUUCGAUUAAUCGUAAUAAGGGUAUCUUCCGUUACGACGUCUCUCAAUUACCUUCAAACCAUCCAAUUGAAGAUAAUCAUGUGGAACAAAUUAUUACCAUACCUAAUGAAGAUCAAUCAUCAAAUGAUGAAGAAGAUUUAUAUUUCUUUGGAAUAUUCGAUGGCCAUAGCGGUACUUUCACUUCUAAAAAAUUGAGUCAAGAUCUUGUUAGAUAUGUGGCAAACCAGAUACAUAAUUCGUAUGAUUCCAUUACAACAGCAACGAUGAAUGGUUUAUUCCCAUCUUCAACAAAAAUAGACAACGCCAUCAAGAGUGGGUUUUUGAAAUUAGAUAAUGAUAUCGUUCAAGAAUCAUUUAGAAAAUUAUUUCAAAGUCCAACAAAUGAAAACAUGAUAAAUACUUUACCUGCAAUCUCUGGCUCUUGUGCCCUGUUAACAAUGUACAAUUCAUUGAAUAAAACUUUGAAAGUAGCUGUUACCGGUGAUUCAAGAGCUUUACUUUGCGGGAAAGAUGAAAAUGGCAAUUGGACAGUGGAAUCCCUAUCGAUCGAUCAAACAGGUGAUAAUGUUCGUGAGGUCGAGAGAAUACGUAAUUUGCAUCCAAAUGAACCAAAUGUUAUUCGUAAUGGAAGGAUCUUGGGUUCAUUACAACCAUCAAGAGCCUUUGGAGAUUAUCGUUAUAAAGUUAAAGAAGUCGAUGGGAAGCAAUUAUCAGAAUUGCCCGAUCAUGUUAAGAUAUAUUUCAGAAAGGAACCAAGGGAUUUCUUGACUCCACCUUACGUUACUGCGGAACCUGAAAUUACUACAACGAAAAUAACAGAUAAGACCAAAUUCAUGGUAUUGGGAUCCGAUGGAUUAUUUGAAUUGUUGACUAAUGAACAAGUUGCUGGAUUAGUUGUAAGAUGGAUGGAAUCAAAUAAUUUGAUAGAAACCGUUAACGCAACUCCUCUGGGGAAAUUACCCAAUGUGAAAGACUUGACAACGGAUAUGGAUUCACAAAGACCACCUUUCAGAUAUAAUACGAAAGAUAAAAAUAGAGACUAUGCCAAGAAUCCCGAAUAUUUAAUGCAGGAUAAGAAUGUUGCCACACAUUUAAUUCGGAAUGCCCUCAGUGCUGGUGGUAAACAGGAAUAUGUUUCCACGUUGGUAAGUAUCCCAUCUCCAAUGAGUAGAAGAUACAGAGAUGAUUUGACUGUUACAGUGGCAUUUUUCGGCGACUCUGGGGAAAAUAGUGAUGGUUCCAUGGUAAUCAACCCUGAAGCAACGACACCACCCAAACCAAGAUUAUAA